ACCACAUCGUUCCUACAUAAUUUCCAACAACAUCCUCCCCUACGACCAACCCACACUCCUCGUCAUCGUCCUUAUUCUCUUACGUGGGCAGUGGCACCCCUUUGUAUGACGAGCCGACUUGCAUCCUGUUGGUCAUCAUCUCAUCUUCUAACGAACACAACCCAACCAUGAGUACGAAGAAGAAGAAAUCUUCCCUGCGGGAGCGCACCGCCAGUCCUUUCAGUCGCAUUGCCCAAAAGAUCUCAUCCCUCAAGCCCGACCACUCUCGGCUCGGCGUAUCACAAUCCGAACCUGAGAACCUCCCUCGCGUCGCUGGCGUAGGCCCAGAUGGCCCCGACGUCGCCCCCCUGCGCAAUGGCAUCUUUAGCGACACCCAUGUGGUAGCAGAGUCGAGCAUGGAAGAAUCGAGCAGAAGUGGAAGUGUAGACGAGCUCAGUAGAGGCCGGUCGUCGAUCACGUCUCCCCGACCCAGCUACCGACAGCAGCAGCAGCAGCAGCAGCAGGCGGAACAACAACAGCAACCAAACAUGAAGAGUAGGGAAGACGAAGGGCCCGAGCCCGAAGAUUCGCUAGACCGCUAUGGCAGCGAACCGGAACACCCGGAGCACGCCAGCCAGCAGCUCCUAACCAUCGCCGACGCCGUCAAGGAACCCCUCGGCACCAUCAUCACCUUCCGCGCCAGGAUCCACACCCAGCGCCGCAUCUCCCGCUUCCUCGACUUCCUCCUCUUCCGAGACCAGGAAGAUACCAUCCAGGGCGUCCUCUCGCGUGCCCAUCCGAACAUGGUCCGCUGGGUGCAGCGCCUACACCCGGAGUCCAUCGUCCAGGUCACCGGGAAGCUGCAGAAGCCCGUCGAGCAUGUGCGCUCGGCCCGCCACUCGGACGUCGAGGUCGACGUCGACACCAUCUACCUCAUCAGCCCGGCCUCCGCCGACCGCCUCGCCUUUUCCAACUACCAGCCGCCCGACGCCAUGAACCGCCGUCUCAAUGCCCGCGUGCUUGAUCUCCGACACCCGUCGAACCAGGCGCUUUUCCGGGUUCGGGCUGCCAUGGUCCGCGCCUUCCGGAGCACGCUUGACGAGAUGGGGUUCAUGGAGAUCAACACGCCCAAGUUGCAGCCUGCUGCUACCGAGUCUGGUGCCGCUGUUUUCAAGGUCAACUAUUUCGGUCGGAGGGCUUUCCUGGCGCAGAGCCCGCAGCUCUCUAAGCAGAUGGCCAUUUCUGCCGACUUUGGUCGUGUAUACGAGGUCGGCCCCGUGUUCCGAGCCGAAAAUUCAAACACCCAUCGACAUCUUACCGAAUAUACCGGGCUGGACCUGGAAAUGACCCUCGAUUUGUCCUACUCCGAGCUCAUCGGCGUGGUGGACCGCGUUUUGAAAAACAUCUUCAAGGCCGUGCAGUCCAUGCCGGAACUAGACGUCGUCAGGGAGAGGUGGCCCAGCACAAACAUUGAAUACCCCGAAGAGACCGUCAUCCUUCCCUUCACCGAGGGCCUCCAGAUGCUCCGCGAUGACGGCAGGGAUGUCGCCGAGGAAGAUCUCGGUACGAGAGACGAGAUGCGUCUUGGAGAACUCGUGAAAGAGAAGUAUAAGACGGACUACUACAUCCUAGACAAAUUCCCCAGCAACGCCCGCCCCUUUUACACGCACAAGGCCGAAGACCCCAAGUGGACCAACUCGUUCGACAUUUUCGUCCGAGGCCAGGAGAUUUGCACCGGAGGACAGCGCAUCAACGACCCCAAGGAGCUGCGAUCGAGCAUGCGGGACGCCGGCAACUCGGAAGACGACAUGGCCGAGUACCUCACCGCUUUCGACAUCGGCGCCCCCCCCCACGGCGGUGCUGGUCUCGGCCUGGAGCGUCUGGUCUCUCUCUUCCUCGACCUCGGCGACGUCCGCUACGCCUCGCUCUUCCACCGCGACCCCAAAUCCCUCCCCGCCAAGCCCCCUUCUCUGCCUCACCCGGACGCCGACACGACCAGGUGGCGCGCCGGUGGGGGCGACCAGGACUACCCGCCCAUAGAGAACCUGAUCGCCAACUACGGCGACGCCAGCAACACCUCCUGGCUCGACGACCGCUUCGAGAUCUGGCGCCACCGUACGGGCGCCGCUGUCGGGUACUCGAGGCAGGGCAAGCUGGCCGUGGUCAUCGGCGACCCUCUCUGCGACAGGCACCAGUACGAGGAAGUGGCGACUGCCUUUGUCCGCUUCUGCGUCCGCGAGCUACGCCUGACGCCCAUCUGGAUGCUCGUGUCGGAGGAGAUGCACGAGGUUCUGGGGCGGCAUCUGGGCUGGCGCACGCUCUCCUGCACGGAGGAGCAACGGCUCGACGCGGACCAGCACGGGGGCGCCCACGGACCCGAGGCCCGCCGCGUGCAGCGCGAGGGGAUCCAAACGCGCGAGGUGCGUCCCACGGACGAAAGCUUCCGCGGCCGGGCCGACAGGGCCAUCGGGGAGUGGAUGGCGUCGCGCACGGAAAAGGGGAAGCAGGUCCACCUCACGGACGUGCGGCCGUGGGUCGACGCCGCGCACCGGCGGUACUUUGUCGCGGAGAAGGAGGGGAAGGUGUGCGCUCUCGUGGUGCUGGCGCAGCUGGCGCCCCGGCACGGGUGGCAGGUGAAGUGGGCGCUGGACUUCCCCGGGUCGCCGAACGGGACAAUCGAGGUGCUGGUCGAGGAGGCGCUGGCGGCGGUCUCGGGCCCCGUGACUUUUGGGGUGGGCGUCUCCGAGAGGCUCGUCCCCGGGGAGCAUCUGGGGACGGCGCGCGCGCGGUUCCUGGCCAAGACGUACGAUGCGGUCGUCAAGAGCCUGGGGCUGGCGCGCAAGGCGGAGUUUCGGGAGAAGUUUGGCACGCUGGGCGAGGCUGUUUAUAUUUGCUACCCGAAGCAUGAUUUGUCGGUUCGGGAGCUGAGGGAGGUUGUCAAGUUCUUCGAGGGCUAAGGAGUAGAGAGGGGGGGAGAAGACGUGAGGGAUUUGGUUGGUGCCCGGAGUUGCAAGCUUGCAGCAUCUUGUUUGAUGUUAUCGUUACACCUCACCUCCCUGCCGUCUAUCGUUCAGAAAACGGCGGUGGGUUUUCUCAUGCAGCAUUCAGCGUGGAGUCUUUUUCUUUUGUUAAUUCUGGC